UCUGCCUCGGGUUUCGUGAAAAGUGUUUACACAACGCGUCACGGAACAACUGAGACUCACUCGCAUUUUGAAUUCACAAGAUACAGAAUUUUUGGGAAAAAAUGCGAUGCAGGAAGAGCUUCUAUGUCGUCGCGCACAUCAACUUCUCCCGCUGCCAUUUGGAAGUCGCUCAAAAUUCCGCGGCCUCUUUGUUGUUGUUGGACAGAAGCCAGAGGUUCAUUUGAGGACCUCGAGGCAGUGGACGGCACGCAGCCCAGUCAACGAAACGUAAUUUCACGUCCAUGCAGCAUUUUCCACAAAGAACUUCAACAAUUACCUGCUUCUGAAUGUGGCGUUGAUUAUCCAAACUGUGGCUGUUUUUGUGGCAAUGGGUCGUCAUCACAACUUAAGUGGCAUUGGGAAGCUCCUGUCCUCAUCAAGGCCACACCUAUCAUCAAUGCGACAAGUUUAUGUCCUGACUGGCAUUUUUCGUUGCGUUCUUUUUCUUUCUGCCGUGAAGAGAAGGAAGAGCAAAAGCUUGUCAUAAGAGAAAAAGACAACAGGCCUGCAUCCAGUCCUUCAAAGAUCGUCUAUUGUUAUGAUGUUUUAUUUCCGUCUUCAAAAAUUUCGUCUACAAAAAGAAUUGAAGCCAUUGAGAGAUUAGACCAUGAAAAAACUUUUCGGUGCAACUUUUCUUCAAAUCUCAUUGAAAUGGAGAGUGUAGCACGGGAGUCAAGACCCUCAAAUUCCAACACUCGUCAUCAGUUGCAGUUACAAUUCAGCCAGUCUUCGACAGUCGCGUCGUCAAACCAGGUGGAGUAUACGAGCAACACCUGCAUUGAUGAACCUGCUACUCUUGAUGAAAAUCCUUUCCACAACAAUUCCAAAAGACAAAAUGGCUUUUUAUCUUCAGCAAUAAUUACUUUCAAACUAAUUUUUUGCGCACUUGUCCAAUUUAUUGCUGAAAAGACUGAAAAUUUGUCUGACCACUUUCCUUCUAUAGAAAGUUACAGCAAAUUCAAACACUUUAUCACUGUUAACAUUUUCAGCAAAUUUUUCUUUGCAAAAACUCAAGGAAUAGACUUCUUUUAUCACAAUCCUGAAAUUAAAUCUAAUUCAAAAGUUUCUUCAAAGAUUCAUAAAGAUUCUGUGUCGAAUUUCAAAGUUGUACCACGAUGCCCGAAUUUCAAAGUAGUACCAAGAUACCAGGGCAUGGUAGCUACCAACAAACGUAUCACUCACGGGCCGAAUCUCGGUCAAGAUAGACUGCAAUCCCGAGUGAGAUCUUCAAUUACGGAAUCCUCGACAAAUUUUCAACUUGAAGACCACUACCAAAAGACCGUGCAAAGCUUCAACGUGUUGUAUAAGCAACGCGCGGAAUCCCAGAAGCAGGAGAUGCUUCUCAAAGGACAUUUCUGGCGGAUUUUGUUCUCUUUGAUGGUCGUGUUGUCGCUGUCGACGUCAGUGCUCGCCUGUCCCUCUGCCUGCGUCUGCAAAUGGAAGGGCGGCAAGGAGACGGUGGAGUGCGUAAACAAAGGCCUGGCCAGUCUACCCAUCGGCUUGAAUACCGAGACGCAGGUCCUGGACUUUACUGGCAACUCCCUGGGCAUACUGUCGCGCGAGAAGUUUAAGAUCAUGGGCCUUAUUAAUCUGCAACGUAUCUACGUGUCCCGCUGCAAACUCGUGCAGUUGGACGACGCGGCAUUCCGAGGGCUGAGCAAUCUGGUUGAGUUGGAUCUUAGCCAUAACGAACUUAACAUGGUUCCCGCGGCCGCUUUGGAACACACUGCAGCGCUCAUGAGGCUUCUUUUGUCCCACAACCCAAUAACCCAAAUCAGAGACGGAGCCUUCAGCAAACUUCAGUCCCUAAUGUCCUUAGAAAUGACUGGCUGUGCUCUGCAGGUGCUUGAAUCGAGAGCUUUUCAGGGUUUGGAUAAGCUUGAAUGGUUGAAGUUAGAUGAUAACCUGCUAACUUCUGUGCCCGAAACAAUGCUCCUACCUAAGAUGCUACACGGGGUUGAUCUCCACAACAAUCCAUGGAACUGCGACUGCAAGCUCCAACAUUUAAGGUCCUGGUUAGUCAAGUACAAUGUACCCUCCUCCAUUGAGCCUAAAUGCUCCACACCUCCGAGACUGGAAAGUCAAAUUAUCAAGCAUGUCUUCCCAGAGGACUUCGCUUGUCCUCCUGAAAUUCGCCCCACUUCUUUAUUUCUCGACGUGCAGGAAGGAAAGAACGUUUCUUUUGCAUGUCACGUCGUUGCCGAACCAUCAGCCGAUAUCGACUGGAGGUUCAAUGGGUAUCCAUUACAGAACAGUUCAUUCAUUUACGAUGAUACGACUUCAUUCUACAUAUACGAGGACCGAGAAAUCAAAGAAGAAACUGUCAGUUACCUAAGAAUUGAAAUGGUUACUGUUGCUCAUAGUGGCAUAUUUCAAUGCGCCGCUGAAAAUCUAGCAGGCAAAAUGAUUUCAAACUUCACAUUGCGUGUUAGCGUUCCUCCAACAUUGCUGGUACCUAAAGACUUCAUCGAAGACAAUUUCAAGUACAUUGGGUUUGCAUUGGUCGGGUUAGUAGUGUUAGUUUUUGUACUUUGCUGCAUUUUGCUGUGUAAAUGUUGUCGCAGAAAGUCCCGUAAUCACUUGCACAAUAACCUCGAUGCUUCUACUUCCACAAAGACUGAGAAGGUAAAAGUGCAAACGGGUGCGGCAAUCAGCGCAAUGCCGAAGUAUAUCCAAAUGGGAACACCGACUCCCAAAAGCAAUGGCAUUGCAAACAUCGGAGCCCCAAUAUCCGUCAUUGGGGCAUCUCCCUAUCGAAGCACUCCACCCGGGGCUCCGCACCCCAAUCCUGACAUCAUCUCUGACAGCUCAGUCGAGGAAAGAACAAAACCCAAGAAGAAAGUCAGCAUCAUGGGCGUCGAAGAGGUGGAUCCGAAUGGCGUCAUCACGACUCGGAGGCUAAAUGAUAUAGUCGAAGAAUACGAAGAAAACUUCAGUGCCUCUUACGACCAAAACAUUCCAAAUCUAAAUGAAUAUGAUCCAUCGCAGGAAGGCAUGAACCCAUACUCGAACAUAUCAAGUUGUAGAAUAAUUUCGAACACAAACCCAUACCCACUAAUUGAUUUACCGUCCAACGAUAUGCGGUGUUCUAACAUGCCGAUGCAAAGUCGUUGCUACGAGGUCGAAACUUGUCCGUCUGCAAGUUAUCCCUUACCUAAAGAUGAUGCAUGGCUUGAAAUCAACGGCAAUCGCUCCAUGGACGCUAACAAUUUGAAAGGCAAUCAUUGUGCUCCAGCUUAUGCCACUUUACGCAGAAGUGCCAAAGCCUCUGCAAUACCUCGCAGUCACUUACUCCACGACUCCAAGUGUAGCUCUGAAGAAUACCCCAUGCACGUAAGUCAAUCUCCGUACCAGAGUGCAGGUGGAAGAUUCACUCCUGGCUAUGGAGUUAUAGUAGAAAAAUAUCAAAGCAACGGAACCACACCUACUACUGCCUCUACGUCUUUGACUGAUUGCGAUUGUUGCUCGGGACAAAAGAUGUGUGAUGCCUCUGAUACGUCAGGACGGAUAAGUGGUGAUGGGUGCAGCUUUGACAAUCUUUUAGGCCCAUGCGCCAGAGUUGGAAGUUCUUCGAAUUGUUGCUUCGUCGAAACUAACGGCCAAGUUUUCGAUAACAGUUUACCAGAGAAUUAUACGGCUCUCAGCAGCAAUCCCGUCGUUGGAGAUCCCGUAUUCUUUGGGUCUCCUGGGCCAUUGCCUCCUGAAGGGUAUAGAGACAGCGAUUGUUCGAAUAAUGAAUUCGUGAAAGACAACAAUUCUACUCCCUGGGAUAACAUGCCCCUUUCCCCUAGUACACGAAUACUUUAUUCUCCUGAAGAAGGCUUCAGUAAUGUCUUAAGUAACUCAUCAAGUAGCGAAAACAAAGCAUGCAUUAAACAGAAAACUGGUAUGAGCAAUCAUGAGGUUUUGCCUCCUGCAACUCAGGUGUGAGUUAUAGUGUAACUGCACUUUAAACUAAUACACAACUCUUAGAUAAACGUUAUUGUUACACUAGUUGUUUGGUGUUGAUUAUAGAUUUCCUGUCUGCAUCUGAAAACUAUAUUUCUAUGAUAACCUUUCAUUCCUGUUUUUAUUCGCCCCGUUGUAAAAAUUCAAUACAAAUCUUAGGAGUAAAGGAUAACUAUUAACUCAUAUUCUAAAACCAUUUGUUCUCUAUGGAAAAAAUUUUUACAAAAAAUUCUACGUAGGGACAAAUUUUCUACAAAACAAGGCUGAACUUUGUUCGUUAUAUGAAAUUAGUUUAUGAAUCUUAAUAAUAUCUCUGAAAAGUAUGUUAUUCGAGGAAAGUCCUAGGGAAUAUUCUAUCCAUCUGUGAUUUAAUAAUAUAUUUUACGCUAUCGAAUGCUUAUCUGUAAAUAAUGCUUGUAGGCAUUUGGAAGUAUAUGAAAUAUUAUAUGCCUGAACCAUUGGUAUGGUUAUGAAAAAACUUCUUCACAAUAUUCAUUUCGCGUGAGUAUUUUCUAUUUGUACAUAACUUAUUCAUGAAACAUGUGACAUACUUUUGUAAAUAUAAGUAAAACCACCAGUAGGACAAUCUUAUAUUUAUCUUAGGAGGUUAUAUGUAUAAGGGAAGAAUUUUUUCAGUCCCGUUAAUAACUCAUGGUUUUUAAUUAAUAAUUGUAUAGUGCCUAAAUUGAUCACGAUUGGUGACGAAUGUUCCCAACCACUCGAUUCGCUGAAUAUUUA